GCUUUCUCCAUGUCAUGAAUGAGUCGACGCCGCUGACUACGGAAACUCACGUAUGUGGCGAGACUAUUUCCAAACAUUACCAGCAGUCCUCCGUCCGAUCGAGCCCAUUUCAGGCCUCCCUUUGCGUGGAAAGACGAACCAGGAUCCAUCUCGGGCGCGAGCCAUCCACGCCACCCCUCCCACUCCCCCCGCGCCCACCUCGGGGAUGGCUCAUCGGGCCCCUUGGUCUGUGAGUCCCCAGAAUUCACCAUUCGUGACAUGGGGUUCGUUGAUGGGGUGUGGAGCUGGGGCAUAGGACAUCCAUUCCAUCCGUGGUACAACCUAUCGAGACACUUCACCUUAGGUAACCAAAAACCUUGGCCUCCCACCUGACACCAUCCACUUCCAGGGUCAUUGCAAUUAUGGCUUGAUGAUUCUCAAGUGAAACUUCAUUGCACCUAAUGUAUCAUCACUGCAAUCAACGCCAAAAUGUCCACUAAGCGCGACAUAUCACCAUCUGGAGAUGACCUGCAGACCUCCAAACCCAAGAGACCAAAAUUGUCCAAGGCGCAAUUGGAGAGGAAGCGAGAGUGUGAUCGUGAGGCACAACGACAGAUUCGUCUUAAAACCAAAAACCGAAUUGCUCACCUCGAGGGUCUUGUCAGAGCUCUACAACAAGGUCACAGCGAUCAAGGCCGCAUGAAUGAAUUGGUCGACAGGCUAAAUGAGAGCCAGCAGGAGAUCAAUAGACUACGAGAGAUCAUUCGUGGCGUCAACAAACUGGUAGAAGGUGUAGACCUGACUUCCUUGCUGGCCACCAAAAGCGACAAAGACUCGGACCAGCCCAAAUCCGACUCUCAUUCCGGUGACCGCGACGAUGACGACGAUAUGUGCCAUGUCAAGUUGCCUGAUUUGCCAACCACAUCGAAAGAGUCCUCUGUCCAGCUUGAGAACCCCUUCCACGAUGAGCAGACCAUGAUCCCGGUAGAACAAGACCAGACGCAUGUGAGAGCGUACUUCGAUUCCCCUCAAGCGAACUCGACCGGUAACAAAUCCUCACACUCGAGCCCGGAGCAGUGCGCUUUGCCUGAUCAAGUUGUCGUCGACACCGGAAAUGAUGCGUCACUGCCCAUCAUACAUGAGGAUGACUUCCCACUUGUUCAUUCCAAUCAAGAGCAAGCCGAAAUAACUCAAAAUAUCAAUAAAAUUGCAGUGCAGAUCAUUCAAGAUCGGAUGUUGGAUGGAAGACUGUGGUACCUUGCCGGCAGCCUGUUAAGCUUCAUCCUCACCAUGCCUCAGCAUCACCAGACACCCUUGGAGUACGAAGAAGAUAUUCCUGUCCGAGCCGUUCUUCAUGGCUGGGCAUCUGUGACCGCUCGGUACUACCUCGAUCCGGGUUGGCUGUGGCUUCGCCACCUCGACGAGUCCCUCUAUUCAGCCCUUGGUGUUCCAGAGCGUUUGGCAAUCAUGCGCGUGAUGCGGAUGCAAUAUCAGGCACAGGUCCGACCUUACCUAACGCCUGAUCUGGCUUUACCAGGCUUUAUGAUCGCGCGGCCCGCUCAGGCAUACCUCGAGCAUGAUCCGUUGGUCGAGCAUUUUGUCUGGCCGGGGAUCCGAGAGCAUAUUCUCUUUGCACCUCGCAAGUAUGCCACCAACCGUUUCAUGGACAGCUUUCGGAACUAUUGUCGCUUCGUUUGGAACCAUCACCCUGAAGACACCUUCGUCCGCAACGACCUGACGGGCAUGUACUCGUAUUCGCUCGAUUUUAUCACCAGACAGGCUGACCUCCGUUGCUGGAGCAUGAGGUCCGAGUUUUUCAAUCUCUUUCCCGAGUUGAGAAAUGAUAUUCCUUCUUUUGACGAGAGCUUUCCCAUAACCAACCUCGCCCUCUCGUUUGAAGCCCCCAAAUCCUCCAAGAAGCUGCUCUUGGAAGAGCCACAGGUGGCCCAAGACUGCGGUGACCAAGAUGAUAGAGACGACCGAGGAGCACGUUGUCGAACUCUCUCGCUUGCUAGCUUUUCGGGAAUCGAGGAUUAGGCGAAUAAUGCCACAGAGAGGGUUUCGGCAUCAACAGUGAUCCAUGACUGUGUUCGGACAUCGUCCGAAUCGACGCUGCUUGGUAGUCUGGCAGCACACCGAGUUGGUGAGAUUGGAAAAUAUCAAGUUGGGGAUGUGCUGUUGUUAUUUAUCGAUAAUGCAACCCAUGAGCACUCAUCGUUAUACUUUGAUUGGGAGUAAUGGAUCAUGACAGACGCAGCUUCUUCUGAGGAACCCUGGUCUCAUCUAACUGCAUCACUCCUCCUAUAACCAAGAUCUGAUCUGAGCAAAGAUUGACUCCUCUCCAUCUCUGACCUAUUGCUGAUGAGUCUCUCCGCCUCGAGUCAGGACAUGUGGGAUGCCGUUUAUUUAGCAAUACAAGAUUAAGGAGAAUGCCUUCGAUUACGAAUCUCACCUGAGGACCUGUGAUGUCCCAACCCAAAAACGCCAUCUGAGCCUGCAGUGCUUAAAGAGACACAGCGAGUCAGACAGAGGCUAUUCCCAAUAUGGACUGAUCUACACAUUCUAUAUCAAGCCCGACUCGUGCUUGAUGACUCGCACUUCAACAACUCUCUCGAAUCGACCUUGAUAUGAUCGUAUUAUGUGAGCAUCAUCAUGUCACACAGUCGACCGUCGAGUCAGUUGAUACCAUAUAAAGCCGAUGUUGGUGACUAUGGACAGAAGUUGACUGUGGGGCCGGACGAGCUCUGUUGACUCUGGAGAGGAAUUGUGGGGUAUGGAUCGAAGCAAGGCUAGCCAGAGACGUAUCUUAUCGUUCUCACCUCCAUACAGUCUCACUUGGACUCCGACAAUAGUCUUACUGGACUAUCGUCAUCAUAGCGAGGCGGCAUUGGAAAAUGCCGCUGCUCCUGUGCAAGACAUUGAGGAAAUUACUACGUUGAUGACAGAAUUUUGCAGAGCCUCUACCUGUUUGUCUCCAGAAAACCAGAGAUGGAUAUCCG